GUCGAAGUCAACGGCCGCAACGACGGACGACGGCAUUAAAUCACUCAGUCUCCCGCCAAGCAAACCACCGCUGCAGCCUCCAAGUAAAAUGCCUCCGCCAAUGAGUACUAUGAUUUUGAUUUGAUCAGUGUUGAGAAUAUAUAUUGUAGCGUGGGGUUUUUUCCAUAUAAGGUAAUCAUGUCAAUAAACAUUUCCAUCCCAUCCACAACCUCGCAGCUGCUCCGCCACCGGCCCUGAUUCCUCCGUCGUUUUCACCUCCGGCCGUGCUGCCACGAGAAGCAACUACACUGC